UGAAAAAUUACAAAACCAAACAUUGCGUUUUUCUGUACUCUUUUUCCCCUUCUGUCCUCGAAUUUCCGAUCAGUUCCGAUUCUUACAACUAGGGUUUGGAAAUCGACUACCACACUUUCCCCCUAUUCGCCCAACGCACGAUCGCGAUGCAGCUCUAGGGUUCAUCUUUUCCUCCCACUCGCGAAUCUGAAGUCUCGAUUAUCGUACAUGCCAUCGGUGGUGACCGCAAGAAGAUGUAUAGCAAUUUCAAGGAGCAGGCGAUAGAGUACGUGAAGCAGGCCGUGCAGGAAGACAAUGCUGGGAACUACGCGAAAGCGUUUCCUCUCUACAUGAACGCCUUGGAGUACUUCAAGACGCAUCUCAAGUACGAGAAGAACCCUAAGAUCAAGGAAGCCAUCACGCAGAAAUUCACCGAGUACCUGCGCCGGGCCGAAGAGAUUCGAGCCGUCCUCGACGACGGAGGUCCAGGCCCGGCUUCUAACGGGGACGCCGCCGUAGCCGCCAGGCCCAAGACCAAGCCCAAGGAUGGUGAAGGUGGCGGCGAUGGGGAGGACCCCGAGCAAGCCAAGCUCAGGGCUGGCCUCAACUCGGCCAUCGUGAGGGAGAAGCCCAACGUGAAAUGGAACGACGUCGCAGGGUUGGAGAGCGCUAAGCAGGCCUUGCAGGAGGCUGUGAUUUUGCCUGUGAAGUUCCCUCAGUUCUUUACUGGGAAAAGACGUCCCUGGAGAGCCUUUUUGUUGUAUGGACCUCCUGGAACGGGAAAAUCUUAUUUAGCGAAGGCAGUUGCAACAGAAGCUGAGUCCACAUUUUUCAGUGUUUCUUCAUCAGACCUUGUUUCAAAGUGGAUGGGUGAAAGUGAAAAGCUGGUUUCAAAUCUUUUCGAAAUGGCUCGAGAAAGUGCCCCAUCCAUCAUAUUCAUUGAUGAAAUAGAUUCCUUAUGUGGUCAGCGUGGGGAAGGCAAUGAGAGCGAAGCUUCAAGACGAAUUAAAACAGAACUUCUGGUUCAGAUGCAGGGUGUAGGGCACAAUGAUCAGAAAGUUCUUGUUCUUGCAGCAACAAAUACACCCUAUGCCUUAGACCAGGCAAUAAGGCGAAGAUUUGAUAAGCGCAUAUAUAUUCCACUACCAGAUUUGAAGGCUCGCCAACACAUGUUCAAGGUGCAUCUGGGAGAUACUCCUAAUAACUUGACUGAAAGUGAUUUUGAGUACUUGGCUAGCAGGACAGAGGGGUUUUCUGGUUCAGAUAUCUCUGUUUGUGUAAAAGAUGUGUUAUUUGAACCUGUUCGCAAAACCCAAGAUGCAAUGUUCUUCUUUAAAAAUCCCGAGGGUAUGUGGAUCCCGUGUGGACCAAAGCAACAGGGUUCUGUACAAACCACAAUGCAGGAUCUUGCUACAAAAGGACUUGCUUCUAAGAUCCUUCCACCCCCUAUUACGAGGACAGAUUUUGAGAAGGUACUCGCGAGACAAAGGCCUACAGUAAGCAAAUCCGACCUUGAUGUUCACGAGAGAUUCACGAAGGAGUUUGGAGAGGAAGGUUAAUACUGAUGGAAUUUCACUUCGAAGGGUCCACACUGGUUUCAAAUAUAUUGUUAUAAUCUGUAAUUUAUUUAGCUGUUGGAUCAAAUGAAAUGCAUCUUUUUUAUUUUGUUCUGGGGGAUGCAAAGGCCCCUUUUGUAUUUUGUACCGAGGUGGAUUUAUAAAGGUCGAUCGAUACUCAUUUUACUUCUAAAUUGUGUAUAACAGAAUCUGAAAUGAUUUGAAAAAAUAACUUGUGUGAUUCUGGUUCU